GGUACAGUGUUAUCAUCGAUGGUAAGCAAUAAAAAAAUCUCCGUGUAAGAUUUGUAUUGCACAAGUGACUGGAGGAGAAAAAUAACACAUUUCUUUUGAUUUUUGAAUCCGAUGUUUGGGCUACACUCUGGACCCGGCUGAAGAUGCGGAGAAUAAUUUCCCACAGAUUCCUCUGCAUAGUGGAGGCACUAUCACAGACCACGUGAGAGGAAUAUUCAAUGACGGUCCCCGACAGACCGGUUCAUCUCCGCUGGCACUCCUCUGCUGCUGACAUGGACUCGUGGACACUGUCUUUUCUCAGCUUCCCACGAACGGACGCGGAGGGAGGGCGACACUCUGUCUGAAUGUAACCUUUGAUCUUUUGCCGUUUUCUGUUCUUUUUGUUUUUGAUUUCUUCUUCUUCUCUCCUCCACAAGUCAAACAGUUAGGGGAGGGUAUGGCUUGGCCGUGCAUCAGCAGAGUGUGCUGCCUGGCUCGCUUCUGGAACCAGUUCGACAAAUCGGACCUCUCCGUCCCGCUCACCAUCCAGAACUACUCGGACAUCGCCGAACAUGAGGUGCGCUCCGUCACCAAACAGGUCUCCGCCUCGGAGCGUGCACCCGGGAAUAACUACUCGACCCCGGACCUGCGUGCCGUCCCUCAUGCGCCCAAAGAUGGCUCGGGGACCCGAGGAUCUUUCAGUGCACGGAAGGAGCAAAGUUACAAGCCCCGGGAGGAAUAUCAUCCGCCCGGAGUGCCUUUCAACAGUGUUACCCAGUACAAGCAGGAUUUCAAACCCUGGCCCAUUCCCAAGAAGGAGAAUUUCCCUUGGAUUAGUAACGGGGGCAGCAGGGCAGACAGUGUUUCGGACAGCCUGGUGAACGGUUACCACAGACCGGGGGAGAGCGAGGAGCGGGGCAAGGGGCAGAGGUGGGGAGAGCAGCAGGUGAUGGAGGAGAGCAAAACCAGCUCCUACAGGCAAGAGUACAGGCCGUGGACGGGGGGGAGACCAGCCAAAACUGCGAGGAAAAAUCCUCCAGCUCAAUACUCCAGCCCAGGGACAGAGGCCACCAACGUCCAGCGUGAGACUAGCUACCAGGCUGCCUACAGCGGUGACGUCCCGUCCAUAGGGCUGAAUCAGAGGGAGCACAAUAUCACAUCUGCUGCCUCCAAUAUACACCCUGCUGCUGUCCCCCAGCACAUCCCCACUGCCCUGCAAGCUGGCAGUUCACCCAUCCCCUCCAGCCUCCACCAGAGCGAGGGAGAGGAACAUCUGGUGAAGACCAAGUACCCUCCGAACCCUUCUGCUGUCUUUCAAAGCGGGCCGAGGGUCUUCAACAUCUGACGGCUGCUCUGAUUUCCAACCAUUCCACUUUGAUCGGUUUCAUUUUUAAGGAAUCAACAGGGGAAUGACUUGAGUCCAUUCCACAACACAAGAAUCUAUGCAAGGGAAUGUAUAAUGUUGUGAAGCCUGUGGAGCUGCAGCGUCCGUAUCCCAAGUGGAGACAGAUAGAUAGAACCCCCCCCCCCCCCCCCCCCGUUUUACACUCCUUCUGCUCCUGUUGCUAUGGAAAUGAAUAUGCAUGUAUGAAAUAGUUUUAAAACAAGCUUUUUUUUUGCAGUUAUAGAUGCACAAGAAACUUGCUGGUUUGUGUGUUUGUGUGUGUGUGUGCCUGCUGAUUUGUCGUUUUACUGUACACAAUGUUGAGUCUGCUCCAAUAUGAAUGACAUGGUUGGUCAUUAAGUGUGUAUGCUUAGAGCACUAUGUUGCCCUUUGGUGUUCUGCUAGAAAUCUGCUAGAAAAUAAGUUAUUUCCUCAGUAUUCAAUUAGUUUACUAUUUUGAGAAAGUAUUGUUCCGUCUAUUAUUUUGUAAAUCUAUUGUUAAAGAAAACCUAUACUGUAAGUGAAAUUACAAUAAAAGAAUAUAAGGUUCUUAGCACUUUC